AGUGGUCACGCUGAAGCGGCCCCUCCUCUAGAAGAAGGACAGGAAUGCUGGUACUUACCAAUCUUUGGCGUGUAUCACCCAAAGAAGCCGGAUCAGAUCAGAGUGGUGUUUGAUUCCAGUGCUCAAUUUAAGGGCAUUUCCUUGAACAACGUAAUGCUCACCGGACCAGACUUGACCAACAGUCUCCUAGGGUUACUCACCCGUUUCAGAAAGGAGUCAAUCGCUGUAACAGCCGACAUUCAACAAAUGUUCCACUGCUUCAUUGUCUGAGAAGAUGACAGAAAUUACCUCAGGUUUCUGUGGUACCGCAAUAACAAUGUCGAUGAUCGAAUUGUUGAAUACAGAAUGAAGGUGCAUGUCUUCGGCAACAGCCCAUCCCCAGCGGUAGCCACCUAUGGACUUAGGAGGACCGCGCAGGCAGGAGAAGGGGAGUUUGGGGAAGACGCCAAGCGAUUUGUAGAGCGAGAUUUCUACGUUGACGACGCACUUAAAUCAAUGCCCACGGCCUCAGAAGCCAUCGAUCUGCUCCAAAGGACGCAAGGAAUGUUAGCAACUGCUAACCUGAGACUUCACAAGAUAGCAUCCAGCAGCGCAGAAGGGAUCCAGCAUGUUGGGUUCAUAUUGGGCAAGGCCAAAUUGGCCCCACAACCAGAACAUACCAUCCCAAGGCUCGAGCUGUGUGGAGCCGUUCUAGCUACGGAAGUGGCGGAACUGAUCUUAGACGAAUUGGACGUCAAACUGGACGCAGUCAAGUUCUACACGGACAGUAAGGUCGUACUAGGCUACAUAAACAACCAAACCAGAAGGUUCUACACCUACAUCAGCAAUAGAGUGGAACGCAUCAGGAGAUCGACGCAGCCGGAGCAAUGGAAUUAUGUUCCAACUGACCAGAAUCCAGCAGAUCUCGCAACUAGGUCCGUCCCUGCAUCUCUGCUGAAGCAAACCAUCUGGCUGACGGGUCCAGCGUUCCUCUUACGAUGUGACAGUGGCCCAUGUACUACGAAAGAGACCUUUGGACUCAUAGAGCCCGAGCCCGACAAGGAGAUUCGUCCUCAAGUGACAACUUUCGUAACAGAUGUGUGACCGAUAAGUCCACUGAGUCCACACCAUUUUGAACAUUUCUCGAAAUGGACGACGCUCGUGCGAGCGAUAGCACGUCUAACGCAUAUCGCAGACUGCUUCCAUCGCCCGAUGAGAGGCACCAUUGGUAGCUGCAAUGGAUGGCAUCACUGCACAGUGCCACGCACUGAAGAUGAGCUUUCCAGAGCAAGGAAAUCAAUCUUCCGCUGUGUGCAACAGGCAGCUUAUGCAAGUGAGAUCAGAUCCAUCAACAAGGGAGAAGACCUUCCUAGGGUCAGCACCCUCAGGAAGCUAAACCCUAGGAUGGACGAAGAUGGCUUGCUCAGGAUUGGUGGUCGGCUAGGGAAUGCAAAAUUAGAUGAGAACAAACGGAACCCCCUCAUAAUCCCAAGUCAGAGCCACAUUGCAAUUUUACUUGUGCGCCACUAUCACGAGAAGGUCAAGCACCAAGGUCGGCACUUCACAGAAGGAGCAAUCCGAUCUGCAGGGCUGUGGAUCGUUGGAGCAAAGAGGUGCGUCGCCAGCAUAAUUCACAAGUGUAUCAGGUGUCGCAAGCUACGUGCAAAACAGGAAGCACAGAAAAUGGCAGACCUCCCAGCCGAUCGACUCAGUGUAGAACCUCCCAUCACCUCUGUAGGGAUCGACGUGUUCGGACCAUGGACAGUCAUCUCCCGCCGCACCAGAGGAGGGCUCGCGAACAGCAAAUGUUGGGCAAUGCUGUUCACCUGCACGAGUACACGAGCAGUGCACAUCGAAGUCAUCGAGUCCAUGGACUCUUCGAGCUUUAUAAAUGCACUCAGGAGAUUCUUCGCCUUCAGAGGGCUAGCCAAGCAACUCCGUUCUGAUUGUGGAACCAAUUUCACUGGAGCAUGUAAAGAGCUUAAGAUCAGUACAGAGAAUGUCGAAGAUGAUUCUGUCAGGAAAUACCUUAGUGACCAAGGCUGCAUAUGGAUCUUCAAUCCUCCUCACUCUUCGCAUAUGGGUGGAGCCUGGGAACGCAUGAUCGGGGUUGCUCGACGCAUUCUCGACUCCAUGCUGUGUGAUGUCGGGUCCACACGGCUCUCUCACGAGGUCUUGACCACUCUCAUGGCCGAGGUCUCAGCCAUAAUUAAUUCAAGACCCCUGAUCCCCGUCUCAACUGACCCGGAGUCACCAUUCAUCUUGACUCCUGCUACACUUCUUACCCAGAAGACAGAUGUGCUCACAGCACCUACCGAGGAGGCCAGCACUGCAGACCUCUACAGACGUCAAUGGAGACAAGUGCAGAGCUUCGCGAACACGUUCUGGCGUCGCUGGAAAAACGAGUACCUUGCGACACUCCAAGUGCGCAACAAGUGGCAGUCUAACAGACCAGACAUCCAAGAAGGCGACCUCGUCCUACUGAAGGACAACCAAGCCAAACGGAAUGAGUGGCCAAUGGGCCGCAUCCUCAAGUCGAUUCCAAGUGCCGAUGGAAAAGUUCGAAAAGUCGAGGUUAUGAUUGCGAAGCAAGGUGUCGCAAGAAC